AUGUUUUAUACCGUUAUAUUUUUUACCGUUUUAGUUUUACUUUUUCUCUUUUGGGACGUUAAAAAGCCUCCGAAAUUUCCACCAGGACCAAAAUGGUAUCCAAUUGUCGGUUGUGCUCUGCAGAUAUCCGAAUUGCGUUUGAAAUGCGGCAUGUUUUGCAAAGCGGUUGACGAAUUGGCUAAGUACUACAUAAAUCCAUACGGGUUAUACGGACUUAAGAUCGGCAAGGAUAAGGUUGUGAUCGCGUAUUACAGCGACACCAUAAACGAAAUGAUGACGAACGAAGAUCUCGAUGGCAAACCAGAUGGUAUUUUCUAUAGAAUGCGAACAUUUAAUUCGAAAAAGGGCAUUUUGGUCACCGACGAAGAUCUGUGGGUGGAUCAACGUCGUUUUAUAUUGCGGCAUCUCAAGGAUUUCGGCUUUUCCCGUGCAGGCAUGGUGAGCAUUAUUCAACACGAAGCUUCCUUUCUGUUGGAAGAUUUGAAGCAGCUUGUCGCCGAGCAGGGCGGUAAACGCGCCGAAGUAUCAAUGCACGAUUUGUUUAAGGUAAACGUCUUGAACACCUUAUGGUCCAUGAUGGCAAGCAAGCGGUACGAUCGUAAAAGCGAAGAGAUCACCGAUCUACUCAAUAUGUUUUUUGAACUGUUUCAAAAUGUGGACAUGGUAGGCGCGCUAUUCAGCCAUUUUCCUCUCAUUAGGUUUAUUGCACCUAACUACUCGGGCUACAACGCAUUUGUUGAGAAUCAUCACCGAAUUUACGCCUUUCUACGUAAGGAAGUAAACAACCAUCGCCUAACAUACAAAAACUACGAUAUGCCACGUGAUCUAAUGGAUAGUUAUUUGCGUGAACUGGACAACCCAAGCCGUGGUGAGUUUUUCAGUGAAGAACAAUUAUUGGCCGUCUGUUUGGACAUGUUUCUGGCUGGUUCGGAAACCACCAACAAGAGCUUGGGAUUCGCUUUUCUACAUAUGGUGCGUAAUCCAGAGAUACAGGAUAAGGCUUACAACGAAAUACAAGAAAUAAUUGGCGUGCAUCGUUUACCGGAGUGGAAUGAUCGCGCUAAGUUACCAUACUGCGAAGCCAUUGUUUUAGAAGCAGUACGAAUGUUCAUGGGCAAUACUUUUGGCAUACCUCAUCGAGCUAUACGUGAUACACGACUAAGCGGUUUUACAAUUCCUAAAGACACUAUGGUGAUCGCGUGUUUUCGAGGCAUGCUUAUGAAUUCACACGAUUUUCCUAAUCCAAGCAAAUUUGAGCCCGAACGUUAUUUGAUGGAUGGAAAAUUGAAAAUUCCGGAGGCUUACAAUCCCUUUGGUUUCGGGCGACACCGCUGCAUGGGCGAUAUAUUGGGGCGACAAAAUCUUUUCAUGUUCAUAACAACCGUGUUGCAGCAUUUUCAAUUCAUGCCAAUACCAGGGGAAAUGCCCGACGAGGAACCAUUGGAUGGUGCAACAGCAGCUGUAAAACCUUUCAGAGCGUAUAUUGUGCCUAGGCAUAUAGAAAGGAAAGUCUCAUAA